UUUAAUACCAAAGCAGAAGGCAAGGUUUAUGAAGGAAACACAGUGACAUAAAAAAGUACUGGACAAUAAUCAGCAGACAGACAAAUCAGACAACGAUUUCCUUGUUGGUAUCUUGAGGUCAAAUUGUAGUUUGCAGAAAAUCUGCAAAGAGAGAUGUGGAAGGAAAGAAAGAAAACGUACCUUCAGACUAAGAUCAAAGAGACAGAAGAAGCUACUGGCUCAGGCUCCUAUGUGACUCUGACAUCCACCUCUGCUAAACCUUCAGGGAAAGCUGCCAGCCUCCAGAGUGAUCUUAUAUUUGAGGAAAUCGGUCGCUGCAUCAAGGAAAUGGGAAGUCAGCUGGUCAAGAAAGUGAAUGCCAUAUUUCAGUGGGACAUCACUAGAGAUGGAAAGAUGGUGGUGCAGUGGACUCUUGACUUAAAGACUGGCUCUGGAGAGAUCUAUCAAGGAGCUUCACGUUGUCCUGCUGACACAAUCUUCACCCUUUCCGAUCAUGACUUCAUGCAGUUGGUCCUGGGCAAGAUUAAGCCCCAUAGGGCAUUCUUUGUUGGCAGGCUGAAGGUAAGAGGCAACAUCAUGUUGGGUCAGAAGCUGGAGAUGAUUCUUAAAAAUCAUGCUAAACUCCGAGAUGCACUGUGCCUUACUGGUGGCAAGAACGGCCAAGACUGAAUUCCUUUUGUCGUACAGCAAAGUUGCUCACAAUGAAGACUGAAAAAAGCACAUCCUAUUUUAAUGCAAAUUCUUACUAUUCAAGUUUGGAGACAUC